GAUACAUCUAUAGUUAUCUGCUCAAGCACCCUCCACUACAUCUUCAUCACGUCACCACAUCUCUACUGUGACACAAUGCCUACCAGAAUCCUCAUCCAAACAUCUCUCGCAGCCAGCAUCUGCUUGCCUUUCUACAUCCCCUACCUACGAUCCAAACAUCCUCCACCUACACCCCAUACACGCAGGCAAGUCAUACAACCUUACCCAAGUUGCAUACUACCUACUAUACUAAUCACACAAUACCCACCAGCAGAACCUAUCCAGCCAUAGGACCCUUAUUCCACCUCUACUGACCGAACAACAAGCAUUGAACCCAAUAAAUAAACAAAAUCACAUUCA